UAUAGACCGGCCGACGGGCGCCCUACCCGUUGAGUGGAUCCCAUGGGAGGACGAGGAGGCGACGACGACGGCGACGGAACGGAGGUGGCCGUGCCGCUGGGUUGCGGCUCGCUUCACCGCGCGCUCCUGCAGUGCCACCGGCGUGCCGGGGACCCGCGGCAGCAGGCGGUGCUGUGCCGACACCUGAACCGCUCGCUGGCCGAGUGCGUCGUGUCCGCUUGCUGCCCCGAGGAGUCGGAGGCCGUGCGUAGCCUCUGCUCCAGCGCCGGUACCUCCCUCAAGCGGUCGCAGUGCCAGCGCGCGCGUCUCGCUCUCUCCGUCUGCCUUUCCUCCCCUCAACCACCGGAUUCGUAGGCGUGGCAGUAUCCUUCUCGAGAUUACUGACCCUUCUGCACGCGGGCUCGUGUCUUGUUGGUUUCGCAUAAACUGUUGCAGGAGUUGUUGCCGAAGGCCUAUUUGUCUCUCCUUCAGAUUUCUGGAAGAUCAGCCAUCGCAAGAGACCUGCCUAUUCUGCCUUUGUCACACAGCUUAUGUUUUAACAGUUACGAAUACUUCCCCCUCAUUCAAGGAGGUGAAAGGCAAGUUCUAAACAUUUAGGUGUAGAAUCACUGCAAUUGCACACCAACAUAUGAAAAAUAUGGAUGAUUGGUUUAACUGUAAGUCCAACAUCUCUUCUAUCAGUGCCUCAUUGUUUAUGUAGUAUAUACAUUGGUCACACAUAAUUUACACAUUUUUUAUGUGUAAAGUUGCAAGUGUAGAAAUGAUAUUGUAAAUUUGGAAAAUAAUAAAAUGUGUAUGAAAUUAAACAUAAAAGCAGAGCUUUGAUUAAAUUGAUUCA